AUGUCAUUUCUGAGGCAGGCAGAGCUGCUGUGGACCUCCAGGUUCCUCCAUGGGGAUGAGGAGAGCCUKGGGUUCGCCCAGAGGGAUGAGUUGAGCAGGACCUAUGGAGAGGACCAAGAGGAGACCAGGGAGUCACCCACUACCUCCAGCCCAGAGGGGGGAAAUGAGACACCUACCAGUCCCUCCAGCAGCAGCUGUCUUAAAAUCACCACCUGGGAGGCAGGAUGGAACGUGACCAAUGCUAUUCAGGGUAUCUUUGUUCUGGGGUUGCCUUACGCUCUCCUUCAGAGUGGCUACCUAGGAUUGCUACUGCUCAUUCUGGCUGCGGUCAUCUGCAACUACACAGGUAAGAUCCUUGUAUCCUGCCUGUACGAGGACAACGAGGAGGGCCAGCCCAUACGAGUGCGGGACACCUACGAGGACAUCGCCAAUGCCUGCUGUAAGCGCCUGUGCCCCCUCCUGGGCGGGCGGGUGGUGAACGCAGCACAGGUGGUAGAGCUGAUGAUGACCUGUAUCCUCUACCUGGUGGUCAGCACCAACCUAAUGUGUCACAGCUUCUCCUUCCUCCCGCUCCCCCCCGCCGCCUGGUCCGUGAUGACCUUCCUGACCCUAGUGCCCUGCAUGCUGAUCCGGGACCUGAGGGUGGUCUCCAGACUCAGCCUGCUCUGCUCUCUGGCCCAGUUCCUCAUCACCUUCAUCGUGGUGGCCUACUGCCUGCACCAAGCCCACCGCUGGUCCUGGAGGAGGAUGGUCCUCUUGGUGGACUUUGAGAGGUUCCUGGUGUCCGUGGGGGUCAUCAUCUUCAGCUACACCUCCCAGAUCUUCCUGCCCACCCUGGAGGGAAGCAUGGAGGACAGGGGGGACUUCUCCGACAUGAUGAGCUGGACACACUCCCUGGCUUGUGUAUUGAAAACCACCUUCUCUGUGCUGGCCUUCCUCACCUGGGGCGAGGAUACUAAAGAGGUGAUCACUGAUAACCUUCCCAUUGGCCUACGCAUGGUGGUCAACCUGUGCCUCCUGGCUAAGGCCCUCCUCUCCUACCCCCUGCCCUUCUACGCUGUGGCUGAGGUCCUCCAGAGCAGUGUUCUAAGGCUGGAGGUGGCGCAGGUGGGUGUGGACAUGGGGACUCUGGUUCUGCGGGGCUGUCUCCUGUUGAUGACCUUCCUCAUGGCACUCUACAUGCCCCACUUCUCCCUGCUCAUGGGGCUGACGGGCAGCGUGACGGGGGCGGCCAUGACCUUCAUCCUGCCCUCCCUCUUCCACCUGCAGCUCAAGUGGACCACCAUGAGCAGCAGGCUCAAGGCCCUGGACCUUCUAAUCUUAACUCUGGGAUCUCUGUGUAGUUUAUCGGGGUUGGUUUGCUCCAUCAAGGGAAUGAUUCAGGCUUUUGGGCGUUGAUAAGCUCAAACUCUGCAUGAAUACUUCAAGACUUAGUGAUGGUCCCCUAUUUAAUUUCCCUAUAUCAAUGUUCUGGAACCUGUAAGUUGCCUACAGCUAAGGCAUAGAUAUAACAUGUUGUAUGAUAGUAUGAUAAACCAAGCUAUUGUUUGUGUGUUUGAUUUUAAUUGAGUUGAUUUGAGUUAUUAACACAAAGGCAGCUUGUAAAAUAACGACGUGAUUGGAAAUUGUGGUAAACAAUAUAGUGUGACCAGAUGUUUGCUUUGCUGCUUAUCAUGGCAAAGUCACUAUGAUUCCUAACUGGUUUUGUUAUCUAUAGCAUGAAUUGGAAUCUGUUGUUAAUUACUAUUACACUUGAAAUUGUAUGGCAAUAAAUAUACCUAUGUAGGAAAAUAUAGCUUUACAUCAGUAUCUCAGCAUGAGAAACAUUCUGUUGUAAUGUUCUUGUUUAUCUGUUUGGCAGACAAUAUGGAACAUAAUUGUAUUUUAAAGAAACAUUUCAAAUUGAUAAUA